CUGAUCCAUUUGUCCUCGCACUCUGUGAUCAAUACCUCGGCCAGUGUGUGCCUCAAUCGUCCGACCUCCAUCUGUGAUCUCUCUGGCUCGCCUUGCAGUGUGUUCGUUUCGAUAUCGCAGCUGCCGGAGCACCUCGUCGAUACUGACUCAACAAACGUAAAGCCAUCUCCGUCACCUCCGCCACCAUGAGUUCUCUCUUGACCAACGGCAUGUACUUGCAGCAACAAGGCGGUGGCCCCGUUCAAGGUCAGCAUAUGUUCGCCAGCAUGGGCCCACCUCAGCAGCAGCAGAUGCAGCAAGGCCAGCAGCAGCAGCAGCAGCAGCAGCAAGGGAGUCAAGGUGGGCCGCCUGGCGCACCAGGCAGUCACGGCAAUGGUCAAAAUCUUAGCGAAGCUGGGAUCUCCGCUCCACCAGAGUACUCUCUGGGAGGCGUUCUGCACUUCUUGCAGACCGAGUGGCGGCGCCACGAGCGUGAUCGCAACGAGUGGGAGAUAGAGCGCGCAGAGAUGAGGGCGCGCAUUGCACUGCUCGAGGGAGAGCGCCGAGGCGUGGAGAACCUGAAGACAGAUUUGAUGAGGCGCGUCAAGAUGCUCGAGUACGCACUCAGACAGGAGCGCAACAAGUAUCUCUCUAGCGGCGCAGGUAGCACCCUCACUGCCGCCGGUGCUGGGCCGCAGGGCACGAUUUCAGGCAUUCCUGCGACCAAAUUCGCAACGCUUCAAGGCGCUGAUCGACCUGCCUCCUCCAGCGGACGAAGCUCUCCUGCACGACAGGAAUCUGACCCCUCGGCCUCUGCGGAGCCAGCCACACAUCAGCGCGGCGGGUCCACAUUUUCCAUCAACACCUUGAACAUGGGCACGGUGAAUGGCUUGACGCUGAGCGGACCGGGAGCCUCCCUCUCGCGCUCCAACACGACCAAUUCCAAGAAUUCACGGGCACGUGCCAAAGCGCAAGAGUAUCUCAAACAGUGUCUGCAGGAGAUCUCGUAUUUGACUAGCACAUCGACACUAAAUCCGUUGCCCGAUAGAGCUUAUACCGGCACCGGCGGCGGCAGUUUCAGCAUUGUGCGACCUAGGAAAGCUUUACUGGACAAUGCUCCCCCGACUGUUGGUACUGCGUUGGAUGAUGGGCUUACUCUGGGGAGUCGCUCCGCGCCUCCAGGCAGAGUUCCAGGGAGGGGUGGCACACUGGGAGCGCCGCGGUCUUCUCUGGCUACGCAGGCUUUGCCGGAAGAGUCGUCCGAAUCCGAGGCAGGUAGCGAGUCUCAUCAAGGAGCUGAUCCGCUGGGCGCGACCGGCGACGUGCAAGGCAAGAGUCCCUUGACUGAGCCGCUUCAAGCCGCAGCUGCACUUGACGACCGGAUGGCGCCUCCUCCUGCGCCUUCGGCUGGUACCACCGACCUACCAGCAGAAUAUGGCGCUGAUCUGCCAGAAGACGAUGAGCCCAACCAAGUCACGGCACGAUACAGAGGUGCCGGAGAUCCUGCCGAUGCCACGGCCUCUGACUGGGCCAAGCUAAAGGAAGCUGGGCAACGAGAGAGAGAGAAGCGCGAGAGGCAGCGAAAAGCCCAAGCUGCAGUAAAUGGAGGUGAGACUGCUCCCGAAGCAGCGACUUUGGCGACCACCUCGAGCCAGCUCAAUCAGCUUCUCAAGGUCAACUCUCGUAGUGCUGAGGACGAUCUGGCCAACUUGAGCCUCCACGACCCCGCAGAUCAAGCCGCUGCUGCCCGUGCAGAGGCAGAGAAGAGCGCAGCUGAUGACGAAGCGGCGGAUCGAUUGUGGAAAUCGAAGCGAGUGCUUCGCAACCAUCUCGAUGCUGUUCGUGCCAUCGCUUUCGACUCCACGGAUGCCAUCUCCGCUUCGGACGACAACACUAUCAAGUUUUGGCACCUGGACCCGGCUACGUUGGACCAGCCAAGCCGGACCGCUGCCGACAACGAGCCUGUCCUUACUUUUCGAGGUCACACAGCCCCUGUCACCUGCUUGGCAGUCGCGUCUGCCACGCGUCGCAUGUUCAGCGGAUCCAUGGACUCGAGUGUGCGAGUGUGGAAGCUACCUGAGCGGCCCUUCACUCCGUAUCCUCCGUACGAGAAUAUGGAGCUGGCCAGUCUGGCUGGACACACUCAGGCAGUGUGGGACAUGGCUCUAUUGCCGCAGCAAGGAGAAGGGUUUUUGUUGGCUACUGCGUCGGCCGACGGCACGGUCAAAAUUUGGACAACUGACGACAGACCUGCUCUGCAGCUCUCCUGGGACUAUCACGGGACAAAUGACGGCCGGAUAACAGGAGAGGCUGCUGCUAUUGAUGCUACCGAGCGACCCGUACCCACAUCCGUCUGCGUCGUGCACUCCGACUUGCGGACCGUGGCAGUCAGCUACUCAAACUCCAUCGUCAAGCUAUUCGAGCUGAGAAGCGGACGGGAAGUGCUCAAGCUCAAGAGCGACAGCACCUACCAAGGGACGCCGGCCAGUCAAGUCAACAAGAUUGUCGCGCACCCGACUUUGCCUUUUCUCGUCAGCGCUCAUGAGGAUAGGCACAUUCGUGUCUUCGACCUCAGUACUGGAGACUGCACAUUCGAGAUGCUUGCGCAUCUCGAUGCCGUGACAGCCUUGGACAUCGAUCCUGCCGGCCUGACCCUCGUCUCUGGCGGACAUGACUGCAGCGUGCGUUUCUGGGACAUCAACGGCAUUACCGGCGGAGCUACAGGAAGCGGAGUAGAGCCGGCAAAAGAAACUUCCAAGGCCGGCUCAUCGCAAGCGGUUUGCGUGCAAGAAAUCACCGCACACCGCCGCAAGUCGUCCGAAGGCGUGCUCGCCGUACUCUACCACCCUAGCGCACCCUUCUUUGCAUCGAGCGGUGCAGAUGGUGUAGUCAGGAUCUACGGAUGAGCCAAAGCGUUCUUGCAAUGGGCUCUA